AGGAGGGGAGGGGUGGGCCAGGGUCUGCAGCAGGGCGGGGUGGCAACCGCUGGCGUUGCCUCCCUCCCUCCCUCCCUCUCUCCCUCCCUCCUUCCUUCCUUCCUUUGCUGGGCUGGCCACCGAUCCCAGCAGGAACUCCAGCACCACUGGGACGGCGACGGCGGAGUGCCUCGGGUUUUCCGCGCAGAGCUCACCCACCUCUGCUGGCAGGCAAGGAAAAUUCCUCGCUCACUCACUCGCUGCACUUGUGAGCGGCUCCUCCAGGUGAAGAUGCUAUCAGAAAAGGUGCAGAAACGGAUGGCAUCCUCCGUCUUCAUCACCCUUGUACCACCCAGGAGAGAUCUCUACGCUAAAACGGAAACAAGGCCACAGAAGGCUCCUAUCCUCCCCCACAACAAGCUUCCCAAAGAAUCUGGGACAUCUGUGGGCCCCAUCCCAUCCCAAACACCUGAUAGUGCCAAUCUGAGGAGUAAAGACCACUGCCCAGGAGAUUCAAACAUGCCCAACAGAGCCCUGUAUUCAAAACCCUUCUCAGCAGAGGUAUUUGGUCCUGAUUUUCAGAAAGAAACCGAAGCGUUGCCCAAAUCUCUGCAGACUUCUUCAUUUCCAGUUGAAAUGAGACAAUCAAAAAUUCUGCCCUUGACACUCAAUGGGGCUGAGGAGCAACAGACGGUAAAGAAAAGGGAGAACGCUGUUUCAACAGAAAUCUGUGCUUUUUGCCACAAAGCAAUAUCCCCUUGGGUUCCUACCCUCGAGGCGAUGAACAAACAAUACCAUGCUGACUGUUUCACAUGUCGAACAUGUCAGCAUGCCCUGGCAGGAAAACGCUAUUACCAGAAAGAUGGACAGCCACUGUGUGUCGCCUGCUAUCAGAACACCCUGGAAAAGUGUGCCAUGUGCCAGGCCUUAAUCUUGACCCAAAUUGUGCAUGCCAUGAGCAAUAGUUAUCAUCCAGAGUGCUUCACUUGCGUGGUGUGUGCUCGGGCCAUCGGAGAUGAGACUUUUGCACUGGAUGAAAGCAAUCAGGUGCACUGCUUGGAUGACUUUUACAGGAAGUUUGCUUCUGUGUGCGGUUCCUGUGAGAAACCCAUCAUCCCAAGUGAUGGGAGGGACUUAUAUAAGAUUGAGUGCAUGGGGAGAAACUUCCAUGAAGAUUGCUAUAGAUGUGAAAAAUGCCACAUCUUGCUCUGCCCAGAACCCACAGAAGAUGGAUGUUAUCCUCUUGGCAGCUGCCUUCUCUGCAAGUUCUGCCACGUCCAGCAGACCAAAAAAACAUCCUACUGAGCAAACAAGGCAUAAACAAGCAUCCUGUGGCCUCUGACAGUUCAGUGCAGAUAGAUUUCAAUAACACAUUUCAGUAUUUUGAUGCCCUGCUUCUCUCUUCUGGUUUCUUCCUUUUGAGUCUUAUAAAAACGUUUUUCUGUCCUGGAGUAUAAUUGGAGUGGAAUGCAAUGCUUGGUGUUGGGCUGCUGCUCUAGGACAGAAUUAUCAUCUCUUUCACAUCAUUGUGCCGUUGAGCACUGCAGGGAAAUUCUUAGACAGUUAUGGUUAACUAAACACACUCAACACUAUCCUAGGAAAGUGACUGAGCAAUAAGGCCUUCUUAUCUGCAUUAUUUUUACACUAGAGGGCAUAUGUGAAUAGUGGCCAACAGACGUUCACCCAUGUAAGUGUAAACUGUACUAAAUGGUGAAAGUUCUACACUAUUCUUCCUUUUGCUUUUUAUUUUAUUUUACUUUGGUCAACAAGGUCGAACAAUCUAACAUCACUAUUUCUUUAAAAAUUAGAAAUGUCAGUUGGUUUUGGUGCUGAAAAUGUGGUGCCACUCUUCUGUUAAAGCAUGUUGUGCCCACCAGGGGGCAGAACAAGGCAACACCAUUGUUCAGCAUUUAAAAUUAAAGGCUAUUAAAGACAAUCUGAAGACAAGAGUGAGUGGGUGAUGCCUUUAGGAGACCACUAAAAUCUCACAUAGAAGGGACCAGCUACCCACCCUUAUCUUCAGAUUGUGUGCAAAAACCACACCAGUUUUUAUAGUAAAAACUAAAUAGCUCAACCACAGGUUUCUUCUUCCUUUUUAUGGCCACUUAACACUCUCAAUUUUGCAGUGAUUAGGAAAUUGUGUGGGCACCAAGCCCCUCUCCUCCCCAGCUACAAGCUUCCAUCUGUCCAAAACACCCUAACAAUUACCUUCCUGUCUUGACUUGAAACAGAAUUAAAUGUAUUAAAAAUUAUUUCAAAAUACUAAGAUGUUAUUGGGAGACAUCCAGAUAUAAGGACAAUUACUCACUUCACAUAGGAGCAAAUGUGGUUAUCAUUCCCUAUUAAUUGUUGCAAUAACCCCUCCCCCAUUCAUAGGUUCAUUUUUAAUGCUUGCAUAGGUUUCUCAUCCAGAAAUGAGACACAAAACAACCAGCUGAUACUGAUGUUGCUGUAAAGAUUGGCAAAAUAAAGUAAUGGAACCCUGUGACAGUUCUGCCAUCUUUAGAUCCACUUGAUUAAAAUCUGAAUCAAACCCAAAGGGCCUUUGUUUUGAUUCUUUGUGAUUCCAGCUACUGCAAACAAUGUAUACAUAGGUUAUAUAAU